AUGUCUUCUAAUCAUGCUGGUGCUGAAUAUUUAGCAUCAAUCUAUGGAACAGAGAAAGACAAGGUUAAUUGUUCUUUUUAUUUCAAGAUUGGUGCUUGUAGGCAUGGAGAUAAAUGUUCCAGAAUACAUAAUAUGCCAUCUUUUUCACAAACAGUUCUCUUAAGAAAUUUAUAUCAUGAUCCUAAUUUAGAUAUGAGAAAAGCAGAUGUAUAUGCUAAGGUGGGACAGAUGACUCCUGAAGAACAAAGAGAAUUCGAUGACUUUUAUGCUGAAAUUUUUGAAGAAUGUGAGGAAAAAUAUGGAAAAAUUGAGGAAAUGAAUGUUUGUGAUAAUAUUGGAGAACAUAUGAUUGGAAAUGUUUACAUAAAAUUUGAACGUGAAGAGGAUGCAGAGAAAUGUGUUAAUGCUUUAAAAGAUCGUUGGUUUAAUGGUGAACCAAUUUAUCCUGAACUUUCACCUGUAACAGAUUUUCGUGAAGGUUGUUGUAGGCAAUAUGAACAAGGAGGAUGUACAAAGGGAGCUUUUUGUAAUUUUAUGCACUUGAAACCUAUUUCAAGAGAUCUUCAUAGACGUUUGUAUGGUAGACGUUCUUCACCUUUAAGGAACAGAGGACGAUAUGGAAGUGAUAGAGAACGUAGUACCAGAAGACGCGAUAGAGACCGUGAACGUGAUCGCGAUCGUGAUCACUAUAGAUCACAUCGUUAG